GUGGCGUCACGGCGCGCCGGGCGCGAGGGAAAGAGCCGGUGCCGGGGAGCGAGGGAAGAAAGGAGGGAGCCGAACACGGAAGUGCUGGCGGCGCCUGGGGAGCCGGCGGAGGCAGCGGCUGCGACGCCCGGGACGAGCACCGAGCGCCCCAGGGCGGGGCGGGGAGGGUGGGUUCGCUGGAAGGCAGCCGCCUCGGAGGACCCACGCGAGGUGCCGGAGCGGCAGGGCCUCCUUCAGCGCUUCGGCGAGCUCGCAGGGUGAUGGCGAUGGUGAUGGCGGCUGCUGCUCGGACCGCCCCAGCAAAGCUGCGCUCCGGGAGAUUUCACGUGUCUAGAAAGAGCUUAAGCCUUAGAGUCAAACAUCCCUACAUUUUCAUUUUCACACUGACACGUUGUGUGACCUUGAAUAAGCUGCUUUACUUUCCUGAAUGUGGAAUUCUCAUCUCUAAAAUGCAGAUGAUGCCUCCAUCAAAUUUUUAAAAGUACAUGGGAAAUAUUAAUGGAUAUAGAAAGCCAAUUAUUACCAAUGUCUCCUGUUAUUAACAAGGUAUUGUAGGACACAUCCAGAAAGUGCCUGGAAGAAAAUUCCACCUGGAAAAACUGAAAAAGCACUAUUUAUAACACUGGAGUUUGUGGAUAAUUUCUUAAAAUGGCGGAAAGUAGUGAAAGUAACGAUAAAAAUGUAGAUGUAAGGCCCAAAACAAGUCGGAGUAGAAGUGCUGACAGAAAGGAUGGUUAUGUGUGGAGUGGAAAAAAGUUAUCUUGGUCAAAAAAGAGUGAGAAUUGUUCAGAUACUGAAACAGUGAAUGCUGUUGAGAAAACGGAAGUUCCUCUAAGAAGCCAAGAAAGGAAGCACAGCUGUUCAUCCAUUGAGUUGGACUUGGAUCACUCCUGUGGGCAUAGAUUUUUAGGUCGAUCCCUGAAACAGAAACUGCAAGAUGCUGUGGGACAGUGUUUUCCAAUAAAGAACUGUAGUAGCCGACACUCUUCAGGGCUUCCGUCUAAAAGAAAAAUUCAUAUCAGUGAACUUAUGUUAGAUAAGUGUCCUUUCCCACCUCGAUCGGAUUUAGCCUUUAGGUGGCAUUUUAUUAAACGACACACUACUCCUAUAAAUCCCAAAUCAGAUGAAUGGGUAAGCACAGAUUUGUCUCCAAGUGAACUGCGGGAUGGUCACCUAAAACAAAGAAGGAACAUGGAAGAAGAUGUGAACUGUUUCUCACACACCGACGUUCAGCCUUGUGUCAUCACUACCAACAAUGCGUCAUGCACAGGUGGUCCUGUGACUGACUCAGUGGUGAACCUGGUUUCAAAUAAUAGUAUAGAAGAUAGUGAUAUGGAUUCUGAUGAUGAAAUUAUAACACUUUGCACAAGUUCCAGAAAAAGGAACAAACCCAAGUGGGAAAUAGAUGAUGAAAUCCUGCAGCUGGAAACACCUCCCAAGUACCACACGCAGAUCGACUAUGUCCACUGUCUCGUUCCAGACCUUCUUCAGAUCAAUAACAACCCGUGCUACUGGGGAGUUAUGGACAAAUACGCAGCUGAAGCUCUACUGGAAGGAAAACCAGAGGGCACCUUUUUACUUCGAGACUCAGCACAGGAAGAUUAUUUAUUCUCUGUUAGCUUUAGACGCUAUAGUCGUUCUCUUCAUGCUAGAAUUGAACAGUGGAAUCACAACUUUAGCUUUGAUGCCCAUGAUCCUUGUGUCUUCCAUUCACCUGAUAUUACUGGUCUCCUAGAACAUUAUAAGGAUCCCAGUGCCUGUAUGUUUUUUGAACCACUUUUAUCCACUCCUUUAAUUCGGACUUUCCCCUUUUCCCUGCAGCAUAUAUGCAGAACAGUUAUUUGUAAUUGUACAACUUACGAUGGCAUUGAUGCCCUUCCAAUUCCUUCUCCCAUGAAGUUGUAUCUGAAGGAAUAUCAUUAUAAAUCAAAAGUUAGAGUACUCAGGAUUGAUGCACCAGAACAACAAUGCUAGGAAAAGGGUAGGAACAUAGGAAUAAUUAUAUACAUAUUUUCAGUUAGUAUUUUUAUUUUUCUUAUGCCAUUUUGAACUUUUCUACAAAGGCAGUUGAUAUCCAAAAUAGUCCUUUGUCCUAGAUUUUCCUUCCAGAUCAAUUUAUUUUUCCUAUGAUAUACUAAUUGUUUAAGGUUAUACCCUAAAUUGAAUAGGUAUUUUUAACCAGAUAUUUUUGGUUUUUGUUUAACUGUGUAGAUUAUAUACUUAAUACUUUUUUCUUAAUUUAUGUAUGAUCCAGGCAUAUUUGAAAUUUGAUAGGCAUUGCAAACUGCGUUAGGAUAUUCUGUGUCUCAUACUUUAAAAAUAAUCAUAUUAUCUACAUGUAAAAAAUUUUGUUAAUUUAUACCAUCAGUAUUAUACAUAAAAUAUAGCUUCCCCAUCGCCAUUUUCUUUGAGUUGUUUUAAAAAUAUUCAGUAAAGAUGAGUAUUGUCAUUCACCAUUCAUACUAACCUGACAUUUUAAUUUCCUAAUAAGGGAUGUUAAAGGUAACAAAAUGACUUAAAGUCAAAUGUAAUGUUUUCAUUUUAAAUAUUAACCACAAAGCAGGAUUUCUAAUAUGGUUAACCUGGUCUGUGAGAAUCACGUGAGAACAUGACAUUCCGGAGGUACAUCUGUUCUUCAGUAAUGUAGUAGGAUCGUUUGUUAUACCUGAUAGGUCUCUUUGUUAACCUGAAAGAGUUAUAACGCCUUGAAAACAAAUUUUAUUACAGAGGCUUUAAAAACAACCAUAGCACUUUUAGCAGCUAAUAGUUACACAGUACUAAAGCUACUGUAGGGUUUUUGUAUAUUAACUUACUAACUGUUGCUUCUACUUAGCCCUUUUGUGGAAACUCUUAGCCUCUUAACUUUGGGGAGAUUCCACAGUUCAUAAGCAGCCACAGGUUUCUACUGGUGAACAAAGAGUACAUGAAAAGGUUUUGUUACUUUAAAUUUAACCUGAAUACAAGUUCAAGAAGUAAACAUGGAACUCAGUAUUCAGGAAGCUUAAUACUGCUCUUCAUCUUCAAGUUCCAAAUAAUUACUCCUGUUUUUAGAAUUUAUGUUUUUAAUGUGGCUUCAAAAUAAAGCCUUCAGACAGCUACAUGGCUUAUGUCAUACUGAACAAUAAGUAGGACAAAAGGGUAAUAUUUAAAUUGACUCCCAAGAACAGGGCAGCAUUUUUAAAAACAUCAAACUUCUUUUUGUAAAAGAUCAGUUACUAAUAAAUCUAUACAGAUUGCCCAGUUUUUCUUCUAAUGAGUUGUCUGCCCAUUUGUACAAAUUGGCAUUUGUAAUAUAAUAAUUGAUUUAUUGAUGCUAGUUUAGCUGUAUUAUUAAACUGUUUCUACCUGGAUUGAAAGAAACUUCCGAGUUUCCAAGUUAGAACAGAUGUUUCCUAAUUGUUGCUUUAUGUUGAAAUAGCAUUUCCCUUCCUUGCAGUUCUGCUGGUAACAUAAAAAUAACACUUCUCAGUAACAGCUUUAAAAUCCUCAGCAAUUAUUACAAAACGAAACCGAAAAAUUGUUACCAUUAUCUUCUAGCAUUUUUUUCCUCAGUGAUCUCAAGAUUGUCUCGGGCUCAGUAAGGGGUAGCUACUAUGAUGUCAUUUCCCUGAGCAGUGAUGAGGCUCAGGUUACCAUCACACCAGGAUCGAGGUAAAUACCUGUUUUCAAGAUGCUCACCUUUUAGAAUGGUGGAAAGUCAUACUACCUCAUCUUUAUUGUGGCACUUUUGUAGAUCACUGAGAAGCUUAUCUUAAUCAACAUAACAUUUCCUCAGUAUCCAUCUUUGGUGAAAGAAAAUUGACAAUGUGGUAAAACUCUACCCACGAUUAUAGUUUUUUAUCAGACUUUGAUAAAAAGACUUUUUGUUUCUGUGAAACAAUUAUUUUAAAUAUUCUUCUUUUAAAAAUAACUUUUUAUCAGAACAGAAAACCCAAGGAAUGACUAGCUUAUGAAUAUUCUGUUACACAGUAGUUUUAUAAAGAAAAAUGAGAUAUAAUUAUGUUGUCUUUUAUAGUGGUAAAAAUUAGUGUUUAUAUGAAAGUCAAGAUCUAAGCUUUUCAUAUAAUUCAAACUGAUUGCUUGUGAUAUAUUUUCUCUGGCUUUUUAUUUUCUCAACUUCAAGGUAUUAAUAACAACAUUUUCAAAAUACUGCCAUAUAUGUAGCCUUGAAGUAUCUACUAAGAACAGGGAAGAGACUCACUCUGAAAUGGUUUGUAUUUUUCUUUGGUACUUGCUGCAAUGAAAAGAAAUUUGGAAAGUAGAAGUAUAAAGACUUGAGAAGGGAAUUGUUUGCCAUGAAGGGAAAAGAGUAGUACUAAUUUUUUAAGACAUUUAAAGAUUGGAAUUUAGAAAGGUUAACCCCUUUGUGUCUUUGUGAAGAUCCAUUUGGAGGAACAUCCAUUAUUCAAAAACUUACUCAUCAAAAAUGUUCAAUACAUUUAUUGGAUUAUGGAAAAAGCAAAUUUUCAGAGGAACAGUAUGGGGUGAUAUCACUAUAUCUAAACAUAAAUUUUGUGAUUAAACUUUGAGAACAUUUGAAAAGUGUGAAUUGCAGGGUUGAGGGGGCAUUCAGCGUGGUGGAAAUGUGUAGAGUAUAUUGGUGAGAGAAUGGAACUAACAGAAAAAAGAUGAAAUAUUAAAAUUAACAAUUUGAGCAUUACCUCAGGGAAAAUCCUUGAGUGAAAGGGAGCGCUACUUAAUUGCUAAUAGCAAGUCUGGACCAGAUACUUAACUGCACUUUGGGAAUCAUCCUGUGCUAAUCAGGAUAUAAACUUGAACUUUUCUAUCUUUCUCUGAAGUUUUGUAGGACAUACCCCAUCUUUUUUUAACCUACAGCAUCUUGAUUCGUAUUAUAAUAACUGAAAUAUGCUGAGUGGUAUUUUUUUAAGUUCUUUGAGGAUUUUUGUAUGAAAACUUGUGAUCUUUCUAUAAUUGUGCCAUCCACUUAAAUAAUUUAUAAAUAGAAUGGUUUAAUUUAAAGGAAGACCUAAUAGGAACACGCUUAAAGGAGGCUUUUAGUCAGCCUGUGGCUAGAUUUAUUGAUUUGGUGAUCAAACUUGUGUUCUUUCCUGAAUUUCAGCUCAUGACCAGCUCUGGUCAAAAGGAUGACUUUAAGUUAAAGUUUUGGAUUUUUAUUAUAAAUAAUAAAAAAGAAUGGUUUAAUAAUAGAAAUCCUUUCAAAAGUAGGACAAAUGUGGCAAAUAGGAGUCAUGUCAUUAUACAAAUUCCCAUUUCUUUUUAUAUGAAAAAAACAUAAACCUUAUCAUUUAUUCAUGAGCUGAAGCCAUUAAGAAGAUAAAUCAAGUUACCAACUUCCUGUCUCUGAAGUUUGGAUCAUUUUAUAGAUCCACGUAAUAGCUUCCUUCCUGUGAAACAAAGAAGAUAUAAUUCUUAUAUUCUUUGUUUUCAUUAAAAAUAGUCACUUUUGACUGUAAUCAGAAUCCAAUAAAUGGCUUAUGUAUUGAUUUUGGCAGAGAAUGUCACAGGAAAGUAGACUGAAUUAUAAAACGUUCCUGGAGACACAACAAGGAAAACAAUGUUUAAAUGUAAAAUAGCCUGGGUAAUGUAUGGUAAUUUAAUUUCCAAAUGAAAAAAAAAAUUUUAAGUCAAGGGCAGAUUGUUUCUUCUUUGGGAAAAUUCUUUAUAAUUUUUGUUUCCACAUAAUUAGUUUUACAUUAAUUUUUAUUUCUAAGGAAAGAACAUAAAGCACAAAGGGUUCUUUAUUAGUGGCCUAUUAGGAAUGAGGAAUGCUACAAGAGCCUCUCUGUCAUUCUGAUACACUAAAAUUGGACACAAAAUUUGGAGGUAACUUUAUAAAAUGAACUGGCUUGUAAGUAAAAAAUAUAGAUGAUGGAUAUAACCCAAUAGAAAGACAUUUAGGACACAUGAAUUCUAUUUCAAAAAAGCAAAGAUUUAUUUACUUUAUAUUUUUUAGAGAUUAUUCAGUCCUAUGUCUUUUCAUAUCCCAUAAAAUCUAAGUAAUAAUAUUCUCAUUUUAAUUCCUGAAGGAUAAUUAUUCCAUGAGAAGUGACUCUCGGAGCAUACUUGAAAAUAAUUACUGUACAGCCGUUAAAUACUAAUGUGAUGAUAGGUUUUCAGCAUAUCCCCAUAGUGGAAUUUGCAGAAUUGUUCUCUUGUUACUCUAAUAGACUUUCUGGGCAGGAUUUGACCAUAGAGAAAUCAGUACACUUUGAACUGAUGUCAUAGCGUCUGCAACUGCAGGAACGACUGCCAUUUUCUCUUACAAAUUGUAAAGUCUAUGUAAAAUUGAUAUCUUAAAAGUUGAUUACAUUUGCAGGAAAUAAGAUAAUCACUUUUGCUGUGGUUAUAAUCAAAUCUGAGUUUUCAGACUUGAGAGCCAUGGUGUAGAUUUUCUCAAAUUAUGCCGACCUUGCUAGAAUUGGAUAAAUUCUGUAUAAGCCAAGUAUGGCUUAUACAUACUUGAAUAUACAGUUUAUUAACUUUACAAAGCUAUGACUUGUCAAUCAGACUUGUAGACCUACACCCUUACCCAAAACAAGUAGAUUCUUCCCAGUUUUAUUUUUUAUCCUGAAGUUCAAUGUUUACUAUUGGAUGUGAGUUCAAAUAAGCUGAUCUGAGUAACUUUUCAUUUCUGAAUUAAAACUAUGAAAAAUCCAAA